AUGGGAAUUACUCCACCAGCAGGAAGACAACACGAGACCCGUAAGAUCAAAGAUCUGCGAUCCGAUCAACCGAGUUUAUCUAGUAAUUUACGGGUAGUCGCCGCCGUAAUACCCGUCAAGGACCGGACUGCUACCCAAGGUUAUGCGGAACGAGAUAUUACGCAUCACCUUCAACUCUCUAUCCGAAAUGGAAAUGUUUAUACGAACGAUGCGGUGAAGGGAAGUGCCCAUGCAGCCGUUCAUACAUAUCAGUCGAACAUGCAAGGCAGAUGCAUGGCCAAGUUUCUCAUGCAUCAGUAUCAAGCAGUCAGUGCAGCAUUGGCGGUUCAAGUAUGCAACUUGGCGAGACUGCAACUCUCAGAUUGUAAUUCCGCAUCGAGUUCCGCAUCUGUGAAAAAGUACUCCGUCAAAUUGCGGGAGAGGCUGGGGGAGCUACGGGGUAUUAUUCCAGCUAGUAACAUGAGUGUGUCCAAUUGA